GACUCAGAGAGGGGGAGGGAGCAGGAGCAGACGCGGCCUCAGCGGUGGGAGGACCAUCCCAGAACCUGCAGCGGCAGCUUGGACUGGAGGAAGCGAACUGGGAGCUGGAGCACAAGUUGGACAAACUCUGCUCGGUUAUUCUACUUUCAUCACCGGCAUAGGCACAAAAUAAAUAAACAAAUAAAAGGGUGCGAGUGAAAGGGUUUAGCUGGGUUCAGAAAGUGAGCCCAGUGAAGCGCCUCUGAUCACAUUCCAGCAGAGCCGGGGAAAUGAGCCUCUCAGCCCAGCACUGAGCCUGCCUGACGGGCUGAAGGUUCUCUGGACUUUUCUCCUUCAGCAGCUUUGACUCAACGAAUCAAAAGGGUUGAAAUAAAAUAUAACCAGGAAAGAAAAGGGGGACCUGCUUAAGAAACCUUUCACCAUGGACGAGGGAUAUGAGCUGGACCUCACGUACAUCACAGAGCGGAUCAUUGCUGUCUCCUUCCCCCGGGGUUGCUCCGAAGAGAUCUAUUCGCACAACCUAAAGGAUGUCACGCGGAUGCUCAAGUCCAAGCAUGCAGAUAAUUACCUGAUCAUUAACYUGUCAGAGAAAAGACAUGACCUCUCUAAAAUGAACCCAAAGACUCUGGACACAGGUUGGCCAGAUCUGCACGCUCCUCCUCUGGAUAAGAUCUGCACCAUCUGCAAGGCCAUGGAGAGCUGGCUCAAUGCUGACCCUCUACACGUGGUCGUUAUUCACUGCAGGGGUGGCAAAGGUCGAAUCGGUGUUGUCAUUUCAUCGUUUGUACAUUUCACUGAUGUAUCAGCCAGUGCUGAUCAGGCGUUGGACCGCUUCGCCAUGAGGAAGUACUACGAUGAUAAGGUCUCAGCUCUGAUGACACCUUCGCAGAAACGGUAUGUUUGGAUCCUCAACAGUUUACUAAGUGGAUCCAUGAAGAUCAAUGCCUCCCCCUUAUUCCUGCACUGCAUCAUCCUUCAUGGUUUACCAAACUUUGAUGCCGCCACCAGAGUGUGUCGCCCAUACAUCAAGGUCUACCAAGGAAUGCAAGCAGUGUACUCAUCUGGAGUCUACCACAUCGGCGCAGGCCACAGAGACCGAGUCUGCAUCAAUCUGGAGCCGGCCCAGCUCCUGAAAGGGGACAUCAUGAUUAAAUGCUAUCAUAAAAAUGACGUCAAUYCAGAGCGGGAGGUUAUUUUCCGGCUGCAGUUCCACACGGGAGCAGUGCAGGGUUACAACCUGAUGUUUGAAAAAGAAGACAUGGAGAAUGCUAACAAAGAUCCCAGAUUUCCAGACUAUGGAAAAGUUGAGCUCGUCUUCUCCGAGGGACCAGAGAGGAUUCCAG